UUUUUUGUCAAAUAGAAAUUUUCUGGUAGUGUGAAUUGUUUUUAACGUGAUUUUAAGAGUUGUGAAUAACGUCCUGCUUAAUAUUUUUAGCGUCUUUAGUGUCUACAGAUUUAUAUUUUAAAUUAUUUUUUAUCGUUCGUGUACAGUACUCUACCUCAUCCAUUUAUCUUUCAAUUAAUUUGUUUUAUUUGUUACACAGUUUACACUUCUAGGUAUCCUACUGUUUUUCUGGCAUCACAGUACACAGCAGAGUCAAGUCAUGUUUCACUGAUUAAUAUUCAGCACCUGUUAAUUAUUUAUUUCAGUAUUUAAUUCAAUCACUUUUUUGUCCUAUAAGCUGUAUAACAGACAAAAUACUACGACACAUCUCACCUUGUAUGGCUGGAGGUAACACAUUAUUGAGGAGGCUUUCAAGGCAAGACAGAUCUGAAGUCAACAAUGUUGUCAAAUAUCUGCUAUUUGGAUUCAACAGUUUCAUCUGGUUGAUUGGUGUCGGCUUGAUUUGUGUUGGAGCAUGGGCGGCAGUCCAAAAGAACAACAUUAACAACAUCACCAUGCUAACAAACUCAAUUGUCGAUCCUGUCACGUUACUCAUCGUCAGUGGGGUCAUCAUUUUUAUCAUCGGCUUCUUUGGAUGCAUCGGAGCUCUCAGAGAAAAUAUUCCUCUACUCAUUGCUUAUGUUGUCUUGUUAGUCAUUGUCCUGCUGUUGUUGGUUGCUCUAGCCAUCAUUGCUUUUGCAUUUAAAUCAUGGUUGAAGAAGCUGAUAGUGGAAACGAGCUUGAAGGAUGUCAUACCGAAGUACAGGGACGAUCCAGAUCUGAAAAACCUCAUUGACUGGGUCCAGGAAGAUUGGUUGCAUUGCUGUGGCCUGCAAGAUUACAACGAUUGGGAGCUCAACAUUUACUUCAACUGUUCAUCUCCAGGAAUGGACGCAUGUGGAGUGCCAUACUCCUGCUGUAUACCUGAUCCCAAUGCUGCAAUGAUAAACCUGCAAUGUGGUCAGAACAAGAGGAGGCCAAACGAACCAAACAGUGACAUCUACAAGCAAGGAUGCAUCGAUGCUGGUGACGCCUGGUUCAAUACCUACAUCAUCCCAAUUGCUGGAGUCGUCGUCGGUGUUGCCGUUUUAAUGAUAUUGGGCAUAUGCUGUUCAUGGAAUCUUGUGGCGGACGUGAAGGCGCAGAAAGCAAAAUGGGACAAAGUGCCUUUUGAACGUUUUUAAUAUUUGAAAUAAUCUGAUUUCAAAUGUGAGGAGGAUUGAUAGAAUCAAGUUAAAAUUUUUCUGCCGGUUAACUUUCAAGAAGCAUAACACGUGUUUAAAGUUCUCUUUUGUAUUUAAUGUUCAUUAUUUUUUACUUUUUUAAAUACUUUUUUGAUCUAAUUUUUGUGUAAUAUCAAAAGUUCAUUACCUAAUU